GACGGCGACGGCUACACGGCGCUGCUGCUGGCCGCGGAAGAAGGCGGCGUGUCCUCGUGCGCCGCGCUCCUCGCCGCGGGCGCGGACGCGGCCGCGCGCGACUCCUACGGCCGCACGGCGCUCUACGCCGCGGCCGUGAGCGGCAAGCUCAACACCGUCGACGCGCUCCUCGCCGCCGGCGCGGACCCGUCCGCGCGCGACUCCGAGGGCCGGUCCUGCCUCUGGGCCGCGUGCGCGACGCAACACGUCGACGUCGCCGCCGCGCUCCUCGACGGCGGCGCCCAGAUCGACGCGCCCGACGCCAAGGGCACGUCGCCCCUCCAGCACGCGACGGCGAGCGGCUUCGCGGAGGUCAUCGCGCUCCUCGCGUCGCGCGGCGCGAGCGACGAC